GCCAAGCAGGCACUUGAAGAAUGACAGGCGUGGCUAGGUGCCUCUUCCAUUCAGGACUCCUCCCAGGCUGCAUGUGAAUCAGCUAAACCAGAAUUGCAGGUUUGAGAGAGCAGAAUUGCAGGUUUGUCAGAGAGGAGGAGGGAAAGGUUGGGACUGGGAGACACUGCAGCAGCCCUGCGUGGGGAUAUACCCAGCAAUUCCCCAUGGAGAACCCGGAGGAAGCCGAGGUGGAUAUUGACACGCUCAUUGAGGAGAUGGACUAUAUUCCCGGUCACUUCCACCUGGAGAUGAACCUGAACUUCGAGCCCUGCUCUGCUGUGACUUUCAGAGGGAGGGACAUGAAGCUUAAGCGAGACAGCCUGAUGUAUGAGCUAGAGCUUGAGUCUGGCUCCCAGCGAUUCGCCAUCAGGAACCUGCUCGGGGUCUUCUCCUUCCACCUGGAGGAGAUGGAGCAAGCCAAGGAGAUCUUCCUGAGCAUCUCCCAGGAGGACCCCGACAACCUCAAUGCCUGGGCCAACCUGGCCUGUGUGUAUGACAGGCUGGACAGCGAGCAGGAAGAGGCUGACUGCACCAACAAACUAGCCCACUUAAUGGGCCUGGGCUCAGAAGACGCAUCUCAGGGGGAUCCCAGGCUCCGAGCGGCUCGCUGCCUGGCAGAGCAGGGCUACGCUUACGUCUUUGACAUUGGGCUUGUGGAUGAAGAAGACCGAAUGGAGAAACUGACUGCCGGCCUCAUGCUCUAUGACAAGGCUCUUGCUUAUGGGGAGCAGAUCCCCCUGGAGGAGAAGAGAAGCUGGUACUUCACUAUGGCCACUCUGUACAUCAGAUUAGAUGGGAUCCUGAUGAACAAGGGAAAUGAUGAGCAGAAGCGGCUGCCCUCCUUUAACAGAACGCUGGCUCUGCUUCGACAAGUGACCAAGUCCUCAAAUUCUCACUACAGAGCUCUGGCCUGGUGCUACCUCGGGAUGCUGCUGGAAAGGAAAGAGACGUUUUCCACCACCCCAAUGGGGAUCCAUGACUGUGGUUACUCUGGGACUGGGCCCCUUGAUUGCUUUGGCAAGGCAAUAGAAAUAGCUAAUGACAAUCCUCCCACACUAAACCGACUGGCAAAAAUUUUCCACUUCCUGGGCAAGCAAGAAAUGGCUAUGGGAAUCUGCAAUAUGGCGCUAGAUGUCCUACAAGAUCCAGAGCUCAACUGGCAGGCCUACUGCACGCGGGCCAAGAUCCACAUUAAGCUCUAUCUGCGAGAUCUGGAACGUGCAAAGAUGGGUUUGGGAGGCAUGCCAGACAGGAAAAAUCUCACCAGUGCUAAAGAGGACCUUGAAAGUGUUGUAAAGGUUUGUCCGUGCUUGAAGACAUACCUGGAGAUAGGUCAGGUCUACUAUUACAUGGGUGUUGAUGCCAUGCAGGAACUAUUCCCAGUGGAUGAGACGGCACUGGACAAUGCUUUGGAGUUCUUUGCAAAAGCCAUGGAGUUUGACCUGGGAGAUACACUACCGGAAAUACAGCUGCUUAGGGGGAAAUGCCUGCGGCUUAAAAAUGAGGAGUCCAAUGCCAUUGGGUGCUUCAAGCGAGCCAUAGAACUGGACGAUGUGGGCUCCACCUACACAGAGAGUUUCCGGUGCCUGAUGGAGACGCUUCUUAUGCUGUUCAGUCAGAAGAGGGUGAAUGCCGAGAUGCUGAUGCAGGAGGUGGAAUUGUGGGUAAAGAAGGCUGAGGAGAAAUACUCAAAGCAGCGUGUCCACCAGGAGCUGAGACUGGUGUGUCGCAAUCACACAACAGAGGUGAUCGAGCUCUCCAAAGCCAUGGUCACCAGAGGGAAUACCGAGCUGGUGAAGAUGCUGUUUGAGACAAUAAAGACUGACUUUUCCAAGCCCAAACUAAAUGAGCGAUCACUCUCCUUUUGA